AUGUCUCUCUUUGGGCAGUCAAAGCCCUUAGGAGGCAAUCUGUUCGGGGCAGCACAGACAUCCUCCCAGCCUCAACAGCAGCAAGGAGGCUCCGGUCUGUUCGGACAAUCUACCCAGCAGCCUCUACAGCAGCAGCAGCAGCAGCAGCAGCAGCAGCAGCAGCAGCAACCACAGAUGGGUGCAUCGUUCAUGACGCAGACCCAGCCUACACAGCAGAUGCCCGCUCUUUCUCAGUCUCAAGCCCAGCUCUCCAGCUCUCUAUGGUCACCUGGAAAGGAGACGCCUCACCAGAAACCGAUACUGGACCAGGUCAAGCUCGUGACGGAGAAGUGGGACCCCGCCAACCCCAACUGCGCCUUCAAGCACUACUUCUACAACAAGGUGGACGAGUCGCACAUCCCCUUCUACAAGCCGUCGGCGCACGAGGACCCGCGCGAGUGGGAGGAGGCCCUCCAGAACAAGCCGGCGCCGGGCUUCAUGCCGGUGCUCUGCUCAGGCUACGAGUCGCUGGCCGACCGGCUAAAGACGCAGAUGCGCGCCAUCUCCGAGUUCAACACGCGCCUGCACCAGGUCAACGGCAGCCUCGACGCCAUCCUGCAGCGCCACGAGCUCGAGACCGAGGUACGCGCCCUCGCCGCCCGGAGGCGCGCCACCGCCCUGUCCGAGCGCUGCCUCUCGCUCGCCGCCCGCGUGCAGGUCCUCCGCAACAGGGGCUACGCCCUCUCCGGCGACGAGGACGACCUCUCCGGCAGGCUGCUCGGACUCGAGAGGGAGGCCCAGGACCCCGCCGUCGGCGCCAGGGAGGAGGAGCUCUGGAGCCGGCUCAUCGUCCUGCGCGAGUACGCCGACCGCCUCAACAGGGAGAAGGACCGCCCCGCCGGUCAGGGCUCCGAGGGCCUGGACCCGGAUACGGAGGCCAAGGCUAAAAAGGUUCUCGAAGAUUAUCAGAAGCAGCUGCUGCACCUCAAGAAGGAGGUCGAGCUUCUCGGAGACGACUAUGCUCAGUGGGAAAGGGCCAGAGCCGCCCAGAGGUGA